UUUAAUGCUAACGUCAGGGCUUUUGGAGAUAAACACGUCGCGCUGCUGACAGAAGGGUACCAAAAUGCCUCUGCGCUACCAAAACAAAGUGGUUAUUGUCACUGGAGGAUCCAAAGGGAUUGGUAGAGGGAUUGUCAAAGCCUUUGUGGAAAAUGGAGCCAAGGUGGUGUUUUGUGCAAGAGGAGUUGCAGCAGGUGAAGCCCAAGAAGCAGAGUUCAACACGCAGGGACCAGGUUCAUGCAAGUUUGUGAAGUGUGACAUGACCAAGGAAGAGGAGAUCAAGCAAUUAAUCACAGCCACCGUGGAGCUUUAUGGACACAUCGACUGUUUGGUGAACAACGCAGGCUGGCACCCUCCUCACAAACCGACUGAUGAAAUCACGGCAGAGGAGUUCAGGGAUCUCCUGAAUCUGAACAUCAUCAGCUACUUCCUAGCUUCCAAACUUGCAUUACCAUAUCUACGUCAGCGUCAGGGAAACAUCAUUAAUGUCUCCAGUCUAGUAGCCACCAUAGGUCAGAAAGAUGCUGCACCUUAUGUUGCAACCAAAGGGGCAAUCAUUUCCAUGACAAAGGCUAUGGCUGUGGAUGAGAGUGGUCACAAUGUGAGAGUAAACUGCAUCUCUCCAGGGAACGUGCUGACUCCUCUGUGGGAAGAACUUGCAGCAGACGGCCCGGAAGCUACCAUCCGGGCGGGGGAAAAUGCGCAGCUGAUGGGUCGGAUGGGGACGGAGGCCGAAUGUGGACUUGCUGCUGUGUUUCUGGCUGCAGACGCUUCGUUUUGCACAGGCAUCGACCUGCUGCUCAGUGGAGGAGCUGAACUCAAUUAUGGCUUCAAGAGUCAGAUCCCAACCUGAGGGUCUGU